AUGGGUAAGGAAGACAAGACUCACAUCAACAUCGUCGUUAUCGGCCACGUCGAUUCCGGCAAGUCGACCACCACCGGUCACAUGAUCUACAAGUGCGGUGGUAUCGACCAGCGUACUAUUGAGAAGUUCGAGAAGGAAGCCGCCGAACUCGGCAAGGGUUCCUUCAAGUACGCCUGGGUUCUUGACAAGCUCAAGUCCGAGCGUGAGCGUGGUAUCACCAUCGACAUUGCCCUCUGGAAGUUCCAGACUCCCAAGUAUGAGGUCACUGUCAUUGAUGCUCCCGGUCACCGUGACUUCAUCAAGAACAUGAUCACUGGUACCUCCCAGGCUGACUGCGCUAUCCUCAUCAUUGCCUCCGGUACUGGUGAGUUCGAGGCUGGUAUCUCCAAGGAUGGCCAGACCCGUGAGCACGCUCUGCUUGCUUUCACCCUCGGUGUCAAGCAGCUCAUCGUUGCCCUCAACAAGAUGGACACCUGCAAGUGGUCCGAGGAUCGUUACAACGAAAUUGUCAAGGAAACCUCCAACUUCAUCAAGAAGGUCGGCUACAACCCCAAGGCCGUUCCCUUCGUCCCCAUCUCCGGUUUCAACGGUGACAACAUGCUUGAGCCCUCCUCCAACUGCCCCUGGUACAAGGGAUGGGAGAAGGAGACCAAGGCCGGCAAGGUCACUGGUAAGACCCUCAUUGAGGCCAUCGACGCCAUUGAGCCUCCCGUCCGUCCCUCCAACAAGCCCCUCCGUCUUCCCCUCCAGGAUGUCUACAAGAUCUCUGGUAUCGGAACGGUCCCCGUCGGCCGUGUCGAGACCGGUGUCAUCAAGCCCGGCAUGGUCGUCACCUUCGCCCCCGCCAACGUCACCACUGAAGUCAAGUCCGUCGAGAUGCACCACCAGCAGCUCCAGGAGGGUGUCCCCGGUGACAACGUCGGUUUCAACGUCAAGAACGUUUCCGUCAAGGAAGUUCGCCGUGGUAACGUCGCCGGUGACUCCAAGAACGACCCCCUCUGGGUCAUCGUCCUCAACCACCCCGGUCAGGUCGGCGCUGGUUACGCCCCCGUCCUCGACUGCCACACUGCCCACAUUGCUUGCAAGUUCGCUGAGCUCCUUGAGAAGAUUGACCGCCGUACCGGAAAGUCUGUUGAGAACAACCCCAAGUUCAUCAAGUCCGGUGAUGCCGCUAUCGUCAAGAUGAUUCCUUCCAAGCCCAUGUGUGUCGAGUCCUUCACCGACUACCCCCCUCUUGGUCGUUUCGCCGUCCGUGACAUGCGCCAGACCGUUGCGGUUGGUGUCGUCAAGUCCGUCGAGAAGUCCGCCGCUGGUGCCGGUAAGGUCACCAAGGCCGCCCAGAAGGCCACCAAGAAAUAG